GAAGGAAGAAGGAGAAAGACGUGAUAACUCGGUGGUAGAGAGAAAAAGAUAGAGAUAGAGAGUGUCCAUCGGAGGACCGUAGAACACUCUUCUUGGUCUUGUUCUCUUUCUUCGCCUGCUGUUGACGACGACACGAGCCGCGUGCUUAUGUGCGUGAACCGGAUGUUCCUUGAUAGAAAAUAAAUAUAAUUACGAGUUUGUCUAUAAUUUGCACGUCAAAUAAAUAGGAGGGUGUGUAAGGGUGUGUAGGAUUAAGUUAGCGAAAAGCACGUGUCGUUCUUCGUAUAUCUCCGUUGCGCGCGCGCUCCGAGUUUCGCGCGAAAACGAGCUGCAGAUAGCUUCACGGUGGUCGCGCGAUAUUUCAAAACAGAGUUCCUCGCUCGCGUGUGCGCACCGCACGGCUCACGCGUGUUGUUGUGUGUGUAUGUGUGUGUAUAAAUCCCGACGGCUAAACCCAACGGAAGGAAAGAGAAACCCUGAAAAGGAACCCGUGAGAGAGGGAGAACAACAGAGGAAGAAGAGAAGGGUUAACGUAAAGAAGGAUCAGGAGAGGGGGGAACACAAGUCCAGGGAGGAAGAAAAGAGAGUGCAACAAAGUAAUCAAGGAGUAAAUAAUAUUACAAAGGAUCAAACGAAGAAAAAGAUUAAAUGCGUUACGUUUAAAAUAUAUGAUUAAAUAUAAGACCGUAUUGGCGGGAAUUUCAAUCGAUUCGAACAAAACCACGCAUCGUCAAGGUGUUCUUGUUUUCGUUUCGUUUUGUUUUGUUUUGUUUUUUUCUUUUUUCUUAAUCAACGACAAACUUGAUCAAAAUCUCGUGUAAAAAGGUGAAGUGGUGAAUAGCAGUGGUGUGUAGUGGUGGUGGUGGAUAUUGAAAAUAGUUGAAGAGCGAGAGAGGUGUCGGAGCGAAUGCAUUACGGAUCAUGGUUUCUGUGUUUGGCCCAACAGGGAUCCUAGCGGGACGGCCUUCCGUCUCGCAGACGUCGUCGUCUUCUAUCUCGUCAACGGCGACGACGACGACAACGACGACGACGACGACGACGACGAAUAAUACACCGGCAACGACAGCAACGACGACCGCGACUACGAACUUACCGUUAAAUGGAAAUCCUCAUCGUUGCGAAAAUUUAGCUAAGGCCAUCGCCGACAGCAACAAAAGACGUCACCAGUCCGAUCUUUACGUCAGACCAAGCUGGACCGACGCUGCCAUUGCUUUGGAUCAACUCGAAAAGGGCAAGGCGGAAGGACAGAGGUCAGUAGUAUGGAUCAGGGCUCGAUUGCAGGACCAGCUGAGUCAGCUUGGCUACUUCCUGCAGAGGCACGCAGGGAAGGUCCUCUUCGUUGCCAUACUUGCCUUGGCUACCUUUUGUGUCGCUUUAAAGUCGGUACAAGUACACAGCAAGGUCGAACAGCUUUGGGUUCAGGAAGGUGGAAGAUUGCAAAAAGAACUAAAGUACGCUUCGGAAGCACUUGGCGAGGCUGCCCCGUCGACGCACCAGCUCGUUAUCCAAACCCCAAAACAUCCCGGGGCAAAUAUUCUACAUCCUGCCGCUUUGAAAGAACAUUUGGCAAUUCUCAAGGCAGCUACUCAGGUCACCGUACAUCUCUACGACAUCACGUGGAGACUGAAAGACAUGUGUUACGCGCCGAGCAUACCCAACUUCGACAUGCACUACAUCGACCAGAUCUUCGAUAGUAUUAUACCAUGCGCGAUCAUUACACCUUUGGAUUGCUUUUGGGAAGGAAGCAAACUGUUAGGCCCCGAACAUCACGUUCAAAUACCUGGUGCAAAGACGAACAAGCCCGUUCAAUGGACCAAUCUCAAUCCGUCCGGUAUGUUGGACGAAAUGAAAAAAAUGCAAUUCAUGUUUCCCUUCAAGACGCUCGAGGACUACAUGAAGAGGGCUGGGAUAACGAAUGCCUACCAGAGCAAACCGUGUCUCGACCCAACGGAUCCCGAGUGUCCGGAAACCGCGCCCAACAAGAAGUCGCAGCAGGAACCAGACAUAGGAGUCGAACUUACCGGCGGUUGUUACGGAUUCGCUGCGAAAUAUAUGCAUUGGCCCGAGGAAUUAGUCGUCGGAGGUGCCAAACACAACAAGACUGGUCACCUAACUCGAGCAGCAGCUUUGCAAACGGUCGUUCAAUUGAUGGGCGAACGAGAGCUAUACGAUUUUUUGGCUAAUACCUACAAGGUACAUCAUAUGGAUUGGUCACAGGAGAAGGCUGCUCAGGUCCUAGAAACGUGGCAAAGAGAAUUCAGUAAUAAAGUGAAGAAAUAUUUGGAAGAGAACAAUACGUCGUCCUACAAUUUGUAUGCCUUCAGCUCGACGACGAUGAACGACAUACUUGGAAAAUACAGCGAAGUUUCUGUUAUGAAAAUUUCCAUUGGUUGCACUAUGAUGGUUUUGUACGCAGGUAUAGCAUUAUUACGUUGGAAAGAUCCGGUACGUUCUCAGUCUGGCGUAGGAAUAGCUGGCGUGAUGUUGGUCGGUGCAACGGUUGCCGCUGGUUUAGGAUUUUGUGCCCUACUUGGGAUCCCCUUUAAUGCAGUCACCACGCAAAUAGUCCCGUUUCUAGCGCUGGGUCUCGGCGUUCACGAUAUGUUCCUAUUAACGCACACAUAUGCAGAGUUAUCGGUGAAUGAGGUGCCGAGCGGAGAACAGACCGGAGUCGUUCUCAAGAGAACGGGUCUCUCUGUUCUCUUGACCGGCUUGAGCAACGUCUCGGCCUUCUUUGCAGCGGCCUUGAUACCGAUCCCCGCACUUCGAGUAUUUUGUCUUCAAGCCGGAAUUUUGCUUCUCUUCAAUCUUGCUGCCAUGUUACUCGUAUUUCCCGCGAUGGUCAGUUUAGAUCUAAGAAGACGCAGAUCCGGUCGAUCGGAUAUCUUGUGUUGUUGUUUGCCAGCGAAAAAUAGCAAAAAUAAAUGUUCCGGUAGAAGAAGUAAUGGGAUGGCUAAACAAACCGUGGCGAGAGCUAUACCACCGGAGAGGCGAGAAACUUGCACGCAAAUCUUGACCUCUCAAAAUGCUCAAAACGAAUCGUGGGUAGGCGGUAACAUCAUAGAUGUCGACUUUGACAAACAUUGUACCGAGGAAGAAUCCUUGACCGGAUGCAAUCAGGACGAUUGUUUCAGUUUCUCUUUGACAAGAUUUGCUACUAAAACUUAUGCACCGUUCGUGACGAAACCAACGACUAAAGUUUUCGGCAUGUUCGUCCUAGCCAUUGUAUUCGCUGGUAGCAUUUGGCAAGCGAUGAGGGUGAGCGACGGCUUGGAACUUACCGAUUUGGUUCCACAAAAUUCCAACGAGCAUGCCUUCCUCGCUGCUCAAGCCAAACACUUUGGAUUUUAUAACAUGUACGCGGUCACUGGCCGGGAUUUCGAAUAUCCAAAUAACCAAAAACUCUUAUACGAGUAUCACGAUUCUUUUAUGAGAAUAAAGAAUGUCAUUAAGAACGACAAUGGAGGUUUACCGGAAUUCUGGCUUAGCCUCUUCAGAGAUUGGCUGAAGGGAUUGCAAAAUGCCUUCGACAAGGAUUACAAGAAUGGUUGUAUCACGCAAGAAAGGUGGUACAAAAAUGCGAGUGACGAGGCAAUUCUUGCCUACAAGUUGCUCGUGCAAACGGGCCACGUAGAUAAUCCGAUUGAUAAAACGUUGAUCACGCAAGUAAGACUCGUCGAUUCCGACGGCAUCAUUCAUCCGCGCGCUUUUUAUAAUUAUUUAAGCGCUUGGGCUUCCAACGAUGCUUUGGUUUACGGUGCUUCUCAGGCCAAUCUUAGGCCGGAACCAAGACAAUGGAUCUAUACCAACGAUCACGAAUUAAAAAUACCGAAGAGUAUGCCUCUGACAUAUGCACAAAUGCCCUUUUAUCUUCACAAACUUACCGACACUCAAGAGAUUACGGAAUUGAUAGGAAGCGUAAGGAAAUUGUGCAGAAAAUUUGAAGAACGUGGCCUACCCAAUUUUCCAUCGGGAAUACCUUUCCUAUUCUGGGAACAAUAUAUGGAUUUGAGAAGUUGUUUAGUUAUAGCAUUACUUGCUGCACUUGGGGCCAGUAUUAUCGUUGUCGGUAUACUUCUUCUGAACAUAUGGGCUGCACUUUUAGUGGGAACUGCUCUCGCCGGUGUGGUUUUACAACUGUUUGGACUUAUGGGACUUUGCGAAAUUAAAUUGAGCGCCGUUCCUGCCGUCCUCCUCGUUGUCAGCGUCGGCAUAGCCGUACAUUUUACCGUCCAUAUUUGUUUGAGUUUUGUCACGAGCGUUGGCAGUAGAGAUAGGAGAGUACGUUUGGCCUUGGAACACAUGUACGCUCCCGUUAUUCAUGGAGCCUUCACAACCCUAUUGGCAGUAAUCAUGUUAGCUUUUUCGGACUUUGAAUUCAUUGUACGAUAUUUCUUCAUGGUACUUCUCUCUUUGAUUGGAAUCGGCCUUGUCAAUGGACUCUUCUUUUUUCCAAUCUUAUUGUCUUUGAUCGGUCCUUCGGCCGAGAUCGUACCGAACGAUCAUCCUGAUCGCAUAUCUACGCCAACACCACCGGCUUCUCCGAUCAUUAGAAGAUCCAAACCACCACCGCCACCCAGAAGAUCUCAUAAAAUCGAUAACGCGAGACUUCACGCGGAGCCAUCGUUAACGACCAUCACCGAAGAACCUAAUUCGUGGCACAGUACGCAAGAAUCGUGCAUUAUCGUUCAACCCGAAUUAAAAGUCGAAACGAUGUCGACUUGUGGUAAUCAGAAUUGUAGCGGAUCAGACACAAGCGGAUCUAGUCGAACAUCUCCUGUGCCAUCGACUUCUCACAUCACGACAAAGGUUACUGCCACAGCUAAUAUAAAGGUGGAAGUUCAUACCCCACUAACCAUAGGUGGAAUGGAUCGUAGUGAAAAAUGCCAGCACUCGAGCACCAGCAACCGAAGGAGCUCACGCUGCAGUGCGAACGUUAAUACAAGCGAGUCUUCCGGUUCCAAUACUGAACCGGAUUUUGACCCUAAUCCGAACAAACACUAAUAACAAACGUCAAGAAGAUCAGCAAAUGCUGCUAAAAUACCAUACAAAGCGGGAACAUACAGAAGGCUGACUAGAAUAGACUUUUUACUAUACCUUUUUAUUAUUAUUAUUAUUAUUAUUAUUAUUAUUAUUUCUUUAUAUUUUCUUCAAGCACAGAAAGUAUUAUAGUAAAUGAACGAACGGUAAACUAAUUCACUAUCCAUAAUUGCUUGUUGUAAUAUGCAGUAAUCACGUACAUUGUAUAUAGAUGUUUUCAUGAGUGCAUUUAUAUAUAUAUAUAUAUAUAUAACUCAUUUAGAGUACAGUAGACUUUUGUUCUUAAUGUACAGCAUUUUUGUUUCUUAUAGGAAGACCUGCUUUAUUGAAUAAAAAGAGGGUACAUUCAUUCUAUAAUAAUUAUUAAGACAAAGAAUAUUUUGGUAGGAAAUAUUUGUAGAUUUAUUCAACGAAUAACGUCGGAAUGAAUGUGUCUCUUAUGUAGAACGAAUGUACAUUAAUAAGACUUUUUAAAAAUUACCUGUUCUCUACUUUUUAAUUUGCCGUAAUUUUUCUUAUAAAAAUAUCAUUGUGCGUGAGUGCAAUGUUCACAUGCAUGCAAGGACACUAGGAAGUACAAUUAAUAUUAUACGAUGAAUAUAGAAUGAAUUUAUUUAUACAAGCAAAGAUGUUUAUUGCCAAUUUCUUCUUUAUUUUAUAUGUCACAUGGACUGAAAUUUCUUGGACGAUAUACGAUAUGUAUAUUAUAAUAGUAAAAACUCAAAUAUAUAUACAAAGUCGAUGAAUCUUUUACUGCCUUUAUAAUAGAUGCAUGCACCGUCGUAUUUUGUAAAAACAAACAUGGUACAAUUUUCAGUAUUUUAUUGAACACCUCGUGUACCACCACCAUCUCCGUACUUUAUGCGCAACCAUUACAGUUGAAAAUAUAUAAUGCAUAUUUUUUGUAAGCAACUAGUUAGUAACAAUUGGUAAAUAAUAACUAUGUAUUAUUAUUAAGAGCAUAAGCAUUUUUAUACGAUCAUGACAGAAAUGAUUUUAAUGUUAAACUUUGAUCGAUCAUUUAUUUUCUACAAAUCUCAAGAAAAAAAUAAAAUUGAACAAUUUAAUUAUUUAUUAUAUGAUGACGUUAAUGUGCUGAGUGUAUGUGACAUGAGCGUUAUGGGAUAUUGAAAACUAUUUAUUAUUUAUUUUAUAUUGUCUGACUGUCUGUCUGUCUGUCUGUCUGUCUGCCUGUCU